AUCCUUUCCACUACUCAUCAGCUUGCUCAGCUCAGCUCAGCUUGCUUUCCCCUCCCUGCAGCUUGCCCAACCCAACAAGCUAAGCAAGCACUCACCACACACACUCUCUCUAUAGCUGGCUCGCCGCCCCUCCUACGGGCGCGCCAAUACCAUCCAAGAGACGGAGCAGGUCAUCGAUCCAUCGACGACGACAUGGGGGAUCACGCCGAGAUGUUGCAUGCCGCUCCGGCCGUCGUGUACACCGGCGGCGGCGCCGGCGCCGCCCCUCAUGGCGGCUGGUGGACCGCGGCAUCGGUGCCCACGGCGACGUGCUCGACGGAGCUGGCCGGGUUUGGCACGUGGUCGUCCGCCCUGCAGGCUGCUACUAGCUACGAUAUGGCGGUCGAGGGGGCCAAGGCCAAGAGCGCCACCACGGCCUCGUCGGAGUCGCCGGGGAACAACAGCUCGGUGACCUUCCAAGAACCGACCGGCGUCGCCGAUCCGGUCGGCAUCAGCGCCGCCGUGCACCAGCAGCCUCUUGCUGGUUACGCCGAUUGGACACAUCCCUACAUGAGCAGUGGCGCUACUCUGCAUGGGUUCCUGCAAGAUGGUCACCAGGACAUGAGCUCAAGAACCGAGCAGAGCCCCAUGGACGCAUCAACCUUGAUGAACCCUUCAUCGAAUAACCUAGCCCUGCAAGUGCAAGGUCACCAACAAGAGCACCAGCUGCUGUCCAGCUUCGGAUCCGACCUGCUCUUGUCGCCGACCACACCCUACGGGUUGCAAUCUUCUCUGCUAAGAAGCCUCUUGGAGCCGGCAGCGAAGCCGGCUUUGCCGGGGUUCCAGCAGUAUGAUCAGUACGGCCAGCAGAUUUGCCAGCAGGCGUCACCGGCAGCUGCGAGGUUCGCGCCGGGAGCUAUCAGGGAGCCACUCCAGUUCACCAACGACGCGCCCUUCUGGAACUCGUCUGCUGCCGGGUUCGGCGUGCCGGCGGCGGUGCCUGACCAAGCUAGCGUACGUUCUGCUGUCAAGCCAUCGCCGGCGCCGCGUGCAGCAACCCUUACAUUAAAGACUGUGUUGGAAGGAGUAGGAGAGUCUAGCUCAAUCAUCAGCAAGAAGAAGGCGAGCGGCGAGCCGGCGUUCAAGAAACCGAGGCUGGAGACGCCGUCGCCAUUGCCAACCUUCAAGGUUAGGAAGGAGAAGCUAGGGGACAGGAUCACUGCACUCCAACAACUAGUCGCCCCUUUUGGAAAGACGGAUACUGCAUCGGUGCUCCAUGAGACCAUCGAGUACAUCAAGUUCCUCCACGACCAAGUUGGUGUCCUUAGUGCUCCAUACUUGAAGAACGGCCAUCAUCAUCAAUUGCCCCACUUGAAGAGCUCAAGUCCCGAGAAGUCCAAGGACAGUCAUGGCGAGAUAUCACUCAAGGGCAGGGGGCUGUGCCUGGUCCCGAUAUCCAGCACGUUCGCGGUGGCCAGCGAGGUGCCCGUCGACUUCUGGACUCCGUUUGGCGCCAACUUUAGGUAGAAGAAGCUCUGAUCAGAAGUGUCGUUGAACGAAUAGCCAGCAAUCGCAAGAUCGACCGGCCUGAAGAUCGAUGUUUCUUAAUCUCGUCUACUAGUAUAUGAUCAUAAUUCAUAGCAAUAGUACUAAGCAGCAGCAGCAGCUAUGGCAGUGACAAAAGCACACUGAGCUAGCAGCUAGCUAGAUGAACCUUUGGAAUGAGUGCUUGAAGACUUGGAUUCAUUCUCCAGGUUCAUCCAUCAGAGAAGAAUAAUGGAUCAGCUAAUAUAUUUGAGAGGACACAAGUCUCUACGUACUGAUCGUCAUCAGCUUCUAAUUAUGAUUGGUUGUUAGGUUUCAUCAUUGGGUAGUUGCGGAAGGAUUUGUUAAAGAUGUGUAAUGGUUCUAGCUUAAACUAGUGAUGAUGACGAUGGAUCAAAGUGUGUAGCAGGUUUCUAUUGAUUGUACUACCAAAUAAAAGUGGCAUCUCUUUGAUUGAUCAGCCAUCGCUUUUGGCUAGCU